UGUAAUGCUUACUAGAGCUGAACAGUGUAUAUAUAAGUCUGUGCAAGAGGCAGCUAGGCAGAGCUCAGGAUCCUCAAGGCUUCCCAUAGUUGCAGAAGAGAGAGUAGCUCUUUCUGCAACUGCCACGUAUCCCUUCAAAGUAUAAUAAGGCAAUGAAAAUGAAAAGCAUUUAUUUUGUUGCUGGUCUCCUUUUAAUGAUAAUUCAAGGCAGCUGGCAAAAUCCUCUUCAGGAUACAGAGGAGAAAUCAAGAUCAUUCAAAGCUUCCCAUUCUGAACCAAUAGAGGAAUCUAGACAGCUGAAUGAAGUGAAACGUCACUCACAAGGCACAUUCACCAGUGAUUACACCAAGUACCUGGACACCAGACGAGCUCAGGACUUUGUGCAAUGGUUAAUGAGCACUAAAAGAAAUGGCCAACAAGCACAGGAGGACAAAGAAAAUAACAAAGUCCCUGACCAGCUCUCAAGCAAUGCCAUCUCCAAGCGCCACGCUGAAUUUGAGAGACAUGCUGAAGGCACCUACACCAGUGACAUCACCUCUUAUUUGGAAGGUCAAGCUGCCAAAGAGUUCAUCGCUUGGUUAGUGAAUGGACGAGGAAGAAGAGAUUUCCCAGAAAAAGCUCUUGUGGCUGAAGAAAUGGGUCGAAGACAUGCAGAUGGCACUUUCACGAGUGAUAUCAACAAAGUCCUUGAUGACAUGGCUGCCAAAGAGUUCCUAAAAUGGCUAAUUAACACAAAAGUUACCCAAAGAGACCUUUUGGAAGAAUACCAGUAAAAAUGAAAAAUAAAAUGGAAUACAUGAAGAUCUUCAUUUCAUCAACUGCCAGUUAUUAAGAGAUUCUGAAAUCUGUAUUCUGUCAUUUACAUUUGUUGUAACAAAGCUAUGUCACCUUGCAUGCCAGGAAAUAAUUGUACUAUAGUUUAGUGUUGCCAAAGGUUUAUAUAUGGAAAACCUGUUGUCUAAGGGAUGGUUUUCUUAACAGCUUUAAGACUAUGAAAGUUCUAUAACUUCAUGUUUUGCAUUUAUUAGGACUAAAAUAACUCCAUUUAUAUUUAAGGAUAAAAUUAUUUUUCUAAAAAAUUUACUUCUACACACAAAUUAUUCAAUUACCAAUUAUAUGUGUUAUUCAUAAGGGGCUGGCAGUUACAAAUGCCUGAGAAGUGAAUAUCCCUCUUAUAACCUUUGUUAUAAAAAGGCUAAGCUUUAAGGGUAUUAAAUUAUAGCCUUAAAUAAAUUUUUUCAAGCUUC